AUGGCUUCCUCAUCAAAUUCAGAAGCUCCGGAAGUGGUCUCCUUCAGCACAAUGGACGAAAAAGAUCCAACACUAAUCGGUGUUCACUGCCAAUACGAAUAUUGCAAUCAACUUGACUUCCUCCCAUUUCGUUGCGAAUCAUGUCGCGGCACAUUUUGCCUCGAUCAUCGAACAGAAUCCAGUCACCACUGUUCACGUCCUGGAGAAUGGGCAACCAAACGCCGGCUUGCUAAUCUGUCUAAACAUUCUUUGGGCGAGGGAAAAAUGAUGGCAGAUGUAGAACAGCCAUGCGCGUCACCGACUUGUAAGACUACAAUUGGAACGAGUUUAUCGACAGGUGUACAUUGUUCCAUAUGCAACCGAGACUACUGUCUCAAACAUCGGUUACGAGAAGACCAUGAUUGUAAACACCUUAUACCGAUCGGUGCAAGAGUUGGCAGGUUCAACGAACAGCAAGCAACCGCUAAAUUGGCCUUUGGAAAGCUGAGGGCUUGGGGAGCGGCACAAAAAGCAAAAGUUGCCACGUCUCGAGUCCUUCCAGAACCGAAGCCUUCAUCCGCAGCUGCAAGGUUAGUAGCCGUGAACCAACUUAAAAAGACGGCGAAAGGGGAUGCAAAGGUACCUCCAGAAAAGAGAGUAUAUAUAUACGUGGAUGCGGAAGCUGCGACAACAACUUCGAAAUUUCCUAGCGGUGCCUUCUUUUACUCGAAAGAUUGGGUAAUGGGCCGAGUUUUAGACGCAGCGGCCAAAGGGCUUCAGAUAGAAAAUAUCAAUAAUCAAGGAACCGACGAAAAAGCGAAGCUUAGAAUCUUUCAUGUCGAAGCUGGCAGAUUGUUGGAGUUCAAUGAGAAGGUUGGUGAAGCUUUGGCCAGUGGCAAUCGUAUAGUGCUGCUGAGGGGUGUGGGACCCGCUGUGCCUGAUCUUAUUGAGGUCUGA